AUGGCAUCGUUCAAAGCUACCCUGUUCUUCGCCCUCGUCGCCCUCGUUGCGAUCGUGUCGGCCAUCCCUGCUCCGCAACAACCGGCUGCAGUCCGGCAACCGAUCGAGCCCCGACCAGCGGCCGCAGCCGAUGCAGCGGACGAACUGGAGGCCGGUGCCGACGAUAAGGAUCUGAAGGGUGCUUCCUCGUUCGGCUACGGUUACUACGGCUACCCGGGAUACGCGGGAUACGGUGGAUAUGCGUACCCUGGAUACGCUUACAGCUAUGGAUGGGGUCGCUACCCGUACUACCGUUACGGAGGACUGUACGGAGGCUACUGGUACUAA